UGGGCAGCACGGUGAUGAGCUUUCUAGAAUCCUGCGCCUGGAUUUCUCCUUUUAGGGAUCUCCUUCUUCACUUCACCAGAUUCCUCGUUAUUCAGUUCAGUACAGGCGUAAAUUAACCACCAUGACGAAAUCACGGCUAGUCUUCAUUCCUGUUCCCGGUAUUGGUCACGUUGUGUCCACCGUGGAAUUCGCCAAGCUUCUCAUUAACCAUGACGAUCGCUUUUCCGUCACCGUCUUCGUCAUCAAGGCACCGAGCGCCGCCGACGUCGAUGCUUACAUCGACUCUCUCACUUCCUCUCCUAGCUUCCCCAAACGCCUUCACCUCCUACACCUCCCAGUUAACGAACCUCAGUCUGCUCAGCACCCACACCAGCUCAUCCCAAACAGCAUCCCCCUGGUCAAACAGGCUGCGUCCGACCUCAUUCAAGAGUCCCACUCCAACCCGGACUCGCCCCGACUCGCCGCCUUCGUCGUCGACAUGUUCUGCACCGCCAUGAUUGACGUUGCCAACGACCUGGGCGUUCCCGCCGUCGUCUUCUAUACCUCCGGCGCUGCAUUUCUUGGUCUGAUGCUUCAUCUUCACCCACUCAGGGAACAGGGUGUUCUCGACACGACGGCGCCUAACUUCAAGAAUUCCGGCAAGGAGCUGAACAUCCCGAGUUUUGCGAACCCGGUGCCCUCAAACGUCUUGCCCACAAUCCUGCUGGAGAAGGAGUGGGAGGGAUUUGUGGACGACUACGUCAAGGGUCUUCGGAAAGCGAAGGGUAUUUUAGUAAAUACGUUCGAGGAGCUUGAAUUGCAGGCGGUUCACUCCCUCUCGAAAGGAAAUACCAGGAUUUAUCCUGUGGGGCCCAUCUUAAGUGCUAGGAAUGAUGAACAGCACGGAUCCGAUAUCAUGGAGUGGCUUGACCAUCAACCUGAGUCAUCGGUUCUGUUCCUGUGCUUCGGUAGCAGGGGUUAUCUCGGUGGGGAUCAGGUGAGGGAAGUAGCACGAGCUCUCGAGAACAGCGGGGUCCGCUUCUUGUGGUCCCUGCGAAAGCCUCCACCAGAGGGUUCAACAAGCAUUACCGAUUACUCUGACCCAUCAGAGGUGUUGCCGGAGGGAUUCCUAGAUCGGACGGCGUGUAUCGGAAAGGUGAUCGGGUGGGCCCCUCAGGCACGAGUGCUGGGCCACAAGGCAGUGGGAGGAUUUGUGUCCCACUGUGGGUGGAACUCUAUUCUGGAAAGUGUAUAUUUUGGAGUGCCUGUGGCCACGUGGCCGCUGUCCGCAGAGCAACAACCUAAUGCAUUCGAACUGGUGCGGGAGUUGAAGAUGGCGGUGGAGAUAUCAUUGGACUAUAGGUUGGAUGUGAAGAAAAGAACCGCGUCGGGAGGGAUAAGCGGGGAGAGGAUAGAGAAAGGGAUAAGGGAAGUGAUGGAGAGAGGGAGUGAGGUGAGGAAGAAGGUGAAGGAGAUGAGUGAGUUGAGUCGGAAGGCCCUAAUGGAAGGUGGGUCCUCCUACUGUCACUUGGGCCGUUUCGUUGAUGAUAUAUUGAACGAUAGGUUGUGAAGCUAUCCAGAUUGACGAAGACCCCGUUAUAUAACGACGCCGUUCCCUUGGAUGAUUUUGCGUCUCCCAGAUCUU